AGUAUUGUUAGCAGCAACACCAACAGCGCCAAUAGAAUCUACAGAGAUGAAGCGUUCUAAUGGAAAUUGUGCUUCAACAACAGCUAAUAAACGACGCAGGAUUUGACUCCAGUAAUCCUAUAGAUACAGUGGACGUGUGCGAACUCCUAGAUACGCUUGUAACUGCUCCACAACUUGAUAAGAUGACGAUGUGUUCUUCACCCCAACCUGAUCCGUCUACGAUGUAUUCACCGCGUCUACAAACGCCACCACUGUCCGGUUCGUCACCAUCACCGUGGUAUGGACUGAUGGCAUCUGCUCAUUUGCGAAAGAAUCUGUGCCCUGGAACUUCGUUUCUAGAUUCACUCGACCUUGGUAUUGCGAUGGAUUGGCAGGAUACGAUAUUUCAAGACCUUGCUGCAAAUAAAAAUGUGACUAGGGGCUCAUGGUCUUAUUCGGACGUCGCUAAUUUAGAAGGUGAAAUGGAGGAGAUCGUCGGUGGCGAACUUGCACCUCCUGACCCAACAAUAAUGCGUUCGUCACCCCCGCCCAAUUUGUCGAUGAUGUAAUCUCUGUGCCAACGAACACCUCCGCCACCAGGUCUAUCAAUAUUAUUAUCAUCAGCGUGGUAUGGGCUGAUGACAUCAGCUGGUUAGCAGAUGCAGGCGCACCCAGGAUCGCCUCGCAAUCGUCAUGGAAGUGUACGAUGUCGAAUUCAGUAAAAUCAUUAAUAUAUUUACAGAGUAAAUAUUAACACAGUUAUUAACAUUUAUGUGUAAAAAUUGUUAAUAAGAACAGCACCAAAGCUACCGACCCAGUAUAUAGGCGUACAACAGACCAGUAGCUAGAUCUUGUAGUCAGCUAUAAAAUGACCAUAUUAUCUUAUUAUCGAACAGAUAUAUUAAUUUCUGUAAAUAAUUUGUGUAAAAUUUAUGACAGUAGAGCCAAAACAAAGACUUUUCUGCAGAUACACAGUAGAAUAGCAUGAAUAACUUGCUUUAUAGCCGCGCGGAAUGAGUGUGUGUGUUGUUCUUGGCAUACGUUAGUUUAAGAAGUGUGUAAGUCUAGGGACCGUUGACCUCGGCAGUUUGGUCCCUUAGGAAUUCACACACACACACACACACACACAUUCCCUUAUUAUUUUAAUUUGAUUAUGGUUGUUUAUUAGUAAUUUUAAUUAGUUAAUGUUUGUAAGAUGGAUAUUUUGGUAGCGGUGUAUGGCAACGACAAACUGAAUAACAACAU